AUGAGUACCGACUUUGACAGAAUUUAUUACAACCAAUCUAAGGUUAGUGGUCGCUUCAGGUUAGGUGAGGGUGGAUUAGGUUGGAAGGCAUCAGCUACUGGUGGCUCUGCUUCCACCCAAAAUAAUGAGCCUGUUUUACUUACUCCAGAUGAACUAGCUUCUGUACAGUGGAGUAGAGGUUGCAGAGGUUAUGAAUUAAAAAUCAGCACGAAAAAUAAGGGAGUAGUUCAAUUGGAUGGGUUCUCCCAGGAGGAUUUCACUUUAUUGAAGAAUGAUCUUCAGCGCAGGUUUAGUGUUCAAUUAGAGCACAAAGAACAUUCUUUGCGUGGCUGGAACUGGGGUACGAGUGAUUUGACUAGAAAUGAACUUAUUCUUUCUCUGAACGGUAAGCCGACGUUUGAAAUACCAUAUUCUCAUAUUAGUAACACAAACUUAACCUCAAAGAACGAAGUUGCGGUUGAAUUUGAUUUGCAAACGGAUUCAUACAAUCCUGCAGGAGACGAGCUAGUUGAGAUGCGCUUUUAUCUUCCAGGAUUUGUGUCACAAGAGGACAGACAUACCCCUGGAGCUACUGAUGAUGAUAUCGAAGGGGAUAAGGAAAGUAAAGCAGAAAAGUCUAUUGCAGAAGCGUUUUAUGAAGAAUUGAAAGCCAAGGCUGAUAUUGGAGAAGUUUCUGGUGACGCGAUUAUAUCCUUCCAUGAUGUUUUCUUUACUACCCCAAGAGGCCGUUAUGAUAUCGAUAUCUACAAGAACUCGAUUAGAUUGAGAGGCAAAACAUAUGAAUACAAGUUACAACAACGUCAAAUUCAACGUAUAUUUUCUUUGCCAAAGGCUGAUGAUAUUCAUCAUUUAAUGGUUUUAUCGAUAGAGCCACCUUUACGUCAGGGGCAAACUUCUUAUCCUUACUUGGUGCUACAAUUCCAAAAGGAUGAAGAAACAGAGGUUCAAUUAAAUGUGGAAGAUGAUGAGUUCGAAAAAUUGUACAAGGACAAUUUAAAGAAACAAUAUGAUGCCAAGACACACAUUGUACUAAGUCACGUUUUGAAAGGUUUAACAGAUCGUAGAGUUGUAGUUCCAGGGGAAUACAAAUCGAAAUAUGAACAGUGUGCUGUUUCUUGUUCCUUCAAAGCAAAUGAAGGUCAUUUAUACCCGCUAGACAAUGCCUUUAUGUUUUUGACGAAACCCACAUUGUAUAUACCAUUCCAAGAUGUGAGCUCUGUAAAUAUCUCUAGAGCUGGUCAAACAACAGCAUCGUCUAGAACGUUUGAUCUUGAGGUAAUCUUGCGUUCCAACAGGGGCGCCACUACUUUCGCCAACAUUUCUAAAGAGGAACAGCAGCUAUUAGAGAGCUUCUUAAAGUCCAAGAAUGUUAGAGUAAAGAACGAGGAAAAGGAAACUCAACAUAGAUUACAGACUGCAUUAGGUUCUGAUAGUGAAGAUGAGGAUGUUAAUAUGGGAUCUGCUGCUGAGGAUGACGAGUCCGUCGAUGAAGACUUUCAGGCUGAAUCGGAGGACGACGAUGUCGCCGAAGAGUUUGAUUCUGAUCUAGGUGGUUCCGACCAUAAUGAAGAAAGCAGCGGUGAUGAUAGGAGUUCUAAGAGACCUAAGCUAGAAUAA